GGCGGCAAACAAACAAGACCGGCAUUUUUGGUAAAAGCCAAACAAAGAAUAGUUUGUUGACACAGCAGAGACGGGAGAGAAAGAGAAAUUUGAUGAGAACAGUUUUUUCAUAAUGUGGGUAGGGUGGUUAUGUUGUUGUUGUUCUCUCCCCGCACUCGAUACUUUUAUAAGUGAUUUUAUCUUGGGGUGAUAAAAACAAAAAGAAAAUAAUAAAAACAAAUAAAAUAAAUUCGUAAAACAUCUUUGGAAAAAGUUCAAUGGCUCAAUAGAACUUGUGACAAACAGUGUAUAGAAAAUGAGAAUAACAACAGAAUUAUGUCAUGACAAAGAAAGAGAAAAUGAAAAAAACGACCAACACAUCCCUGUUAGUUGUGGUUGCAGCAAGUGUUUUUAUGGCUUCGUUAUGUUUUCGAAUUAGUUUUCCCCAUGUUUGAUAAGCAAAUGAAAGAAAAGACCACAGCUAACAGAACUAAAAGUUUCAUGGUGGAAAAAACUAAUUUUUCUUGAGAAAAAUAAUAUUUAAAUAAUUAUUGUGAGCGAAGAAGAAAGUUUUCGUUGUGUGUCAGGAGAAUGGAUUUUAUAUUUGAAUGCUUUUUCACGGAUACUUUGGAGAAAAUUAGCCGCAGUGGUUUACAGGAUCGCUCCUCACGCCGUGAUGUCUUGGAUCACUUGAAUGCCAUUAUUGGAGGCUGCAGUGAUGGCCACAACAUGCGAGCGGAUGAGGUGGCUCGCAUUGCUGUUCUAUCUGCAGUCCGCUAUCAUCGCGAUCAAAAGGAUGCCAAUGGCGAUGUAUGCCUGAUGGGCAAAUACCACAACAUCUUGUACAUUGCAUUACGCACUUGCUGGGACUGGGGCGUCCGGGAUUCUGCGGUUGUUGUGGUUUUACUAGAGGAAAUUUAUGCAUGUGAAAAGACAUUCGAGCGCAUAUUCCUGGGAGCUUUGUUUGGACCUAAUGCACCACAUUUUAUUGCGGGCUGGCGCAGUGACUUUCGAGAUCAGGAUGAGAACACAAGAGCCAUGGUUUAUUUUUUACGUCAUGCAACAAGUCUGGGUAUGACACUGCCCGUUUGGAUUGCUCGUUAUGAGCAGGAACGUUUGGUAAAAUUUAUUGAUAUACCCAUCGAAUCGUGCGGACGUUCUUCACCUUUACGUGUUGCCUUACAAGCCAGUGCACCUGAUUUACUACUGAUAUUGUUAAGAUAUGGCGCCAAUCCAAAUCCUCCGGAUGGUGGUACAUCCGCUGUGCUGGCAUUACUUGAUAAAUUGACUGAAAAUGGCCGCAAUUAUGUUUUUCAAAAUGUCUCAUGCUUGCAGAUACUCUUGCGCAAUAUACCAAUGAUAGAAUUGCCAUUUAAGGAAUGGGAUAGAGAGCCCAUUGUCUACAGCACCAGGCGAGAGAUGUUCUUUGAGCGUUAUGGCAGUUUAUUAAUUGACAAAAUUAUAACCAAGGAACAAGUCUAUGGCGUUAUGUCCCUCAGACAUUUGUGUCGUUGUCGCAUACGUGAUUUGUUGCGCAACAAUGGCCAAUUGCCCGAUGGCAUUGAUACAUUACGCUUGCCAAGACGUUUACAGCGUUACAUCGACCUAAUGGAGGAAAUCGAAGGUCCGGAGAAAAAGGACAAUGACACAGAUGACAACUAUCCCACCACCAGCAGCAAGGCUAAGAGUAAAGCAAUGCGAAGUGAUGCCAAGAAACCAGCAACGACGAUGCCGACAACAAUGAAGACGAACAAACCCAUUACAUUGCGGUACGAUGAGAUACCCACAACGUCAUUGGCAGCAGCUGCCGAGCGGGCUGUGAAAGCAUUAUCCUCGACACCAACAAUAUUAACAGAAUUGGCGGCCCUCGAGGAGUUGGACGAACCGGAGACAAGUGGCCACGAGGUCAUUGAAGAGGACAUUAAUGAGCAGGAGUUGGAGGGGCUGAAUGAGGAGGAUGAAGAGAAUGAGGAAGAAGAAGUGGAAGAGGAAGAGAAACAACAGCAGCAGAAGCAUGAUUCGUCCUCUUCCCCUUCACCCCCCUCCGAAACGAAUGAUGUACCAACGAUUAUUGUAGAUAAACCAUUUGCAUUCUGAUUUUUUCUAGGCCAUAACUCACUUUGGCAAAAACUCAAAGAUUUUUGUAGUUCUUUGUUUUUUUUCAUUUCUAAAUCAGAGUAGGGCCUUCUACUGCUUGCCAAAAUGAGCUUAAACCAGUGAAGGAUAUUUUCUACAUUUGUCUGCUUUUAUAACUUGUAUUUAUGACAACAACUUGAGCUGAAGAGUAAAAGUUUAUAGUUAACACUCUGUACUAUUUUUGAUGUGCUUUUUGGCUUCCUUUUACUGUUGGCCAAGUUCAUCGCUUAAGACUUACCUAUAAGUUUCCUCACUGACAUUUAUGCGUCCCGGUAUACCCGUGGUCUCAGUGCGACUUGUCAGAUUAACUGUGUUGCCAAAUAAGCAAUAGCGUGGUACUCGAUUGCCUAUAACUCCGGUCACAACUUCACCCGAGUGGAUGCCGAUUGUAAUUUGCUGAAAUAGUAGAAGAAUUUAAGAGAUAUAAAUAAAUUAUUACUACGAAUAAGCCAUAUAAUGUAUCCAUAAGAAUUUGUAAUAUUUCUAAGGCGGAAUAUGCUUACAAUAAAUAAUGUAUCAAUGUAUCUAAAUGUUGCAAAAAUGUA